AGUGUUUUGGCAGCAGUUAUAGGGGAAGCACUGAAUACGUCAACAAUUUAAGGACUUAAGUUGUGGGUGUUGUGGUAACAACGUUAUGGAUGAGAAUAUCGAAAAAAUGGAGGAGGCAACCGAUCACAGUAGUCAUAAAAUUGAGAAAAAUGUCGUUUCAGUGACGCCGUUUUCUAUUAAUGAUAUUUUAAAUAAGAAAGUUGAUAAUAAUAUCGAGAAAGACAAUGAUAGUGAUGAUAUACAAGAGUCUGCAUUGGAUAUGUCUAAACGGCAAAAACAUAUCGAGGAUUCACUGUCCGAUUUAGCUACUCUCACCGCUGACUACUCCUCACCCCACCAAUCAGACGACCCCGGUAGGGAAGCGGGCCAACCAAACCGCAAAAAGCGAUCACGAGCAGCUUUUACACAUGCGCAAGUGUUCGAACUGGAACGAAGGUUUAGCCAGCAACGGUAUCUCAGCGGUCCUGAAAGAGCCGAUUUGGCCGCAGCGUUAAAACUGACAGAGACACAAGUGAAAAUUUGGUAUCAAAAUAGAAGGUAUAAAACAAAACGGAAACAACUGCAAAUGCAAGAAACGAAUCUUCUAAAUCAAAGUGCAAAGCGUGUAGCGGUAAAAGUCUUAGUAAAAGAUGAUAUACCAUUAUUUCUGCAACAAAAGAAUCAGCUCUAUCAAAAAUCCGGCUAUUAUCCAGACCAAGCUAAGAACGAUUUAUUUAUGGUACAAAAGUAUCCAAAAUCUAUUCAAGAAUCUAUGUUGAACCUUUGUCAACAAUAUUCAAGUUCGAUACAGCUUUUUCCUUAUUUCAAUUAUUAUCAUCCAUCUUUAAUAGGAAAUAUGAGCCAGCAUGAAGAUGAAACUAAUAUAGACAACAGGGAGGAACAGAAUUAGUUAUAACAAUGUUAUUAAUGGUACUCAAAUUAGCUCCAGUAGUAUACAGAUUUGGGUUGGAUUGAGGUUCAAUAUUGAAAUAAGAGUAGAAAUUUUUUGGAUUCACUUUUUGAUCUUUUUUUAUAUGAAUAUAAGACGUACAUGCAGUAUUAAAUACUGAACUUUGAGAAAGACACUCCCAAAUAAAGUUAAAAGAUUUUUUCAAAUGUUAUAAUAUAAAACUGGAGUUAGUAGAUUACAUAUAGUAUACUAAGUGAUAGGAUCUCGUAUAGCAUAGUUUUUAUACUACAUCAAUUUUUGCAAAAACGCACAAUUUAACGGUCAUAUUUUAUAUUAGUUUCGACUACUAUUUUAGAAACUAAAAGCUUUCAAAUUUUGUAGUAAUGUCCCUAAAUAUAUAGAAAUCGCAAGAAUUAUAUCAAUAUAAAUUGUUACUUAAAAAACACCAAAUUAUAAAUCAGCAGUUCACUCUGCGACAAACAAAGAACUUUGGUCCAGAUUCUAAAUUACUGGAGCUUAUAAGAAGCCUGAUCUCUUCUAUGGUAUUAACUACAGGACAAAAGAGAAAAACCUAGAGAAAGUUGUUGAUAGGAAAAAAUUGCCUGACUGAUGCUGAGAUAGGCAAAGAUAUUCCUGAGAAACUAUAAACAAAAAGUAAAUGUAUGCUGAGAAAUAACAAUAAAAUUAACAAAUAUUAACAAGUGUCCUAUCGAGGCAUUGCAGUCUCAGUGGACACAUAAAGAUGCUAGAUAUAGCAGAGGAUGCAAUGUGCAGAUUCUGCUACUAUGCUUCUAUCCACAUAAUCUGGAAAUGCGAAACAAGACGGAGCUCUAAAGCAUUAUACCUCGAGACGUAUGGAAUAAAAAAUUAAUAUCCUCAAAACUAGAGCCAUUCUGUAUCCUGAACUUUUUGAAAGAAUUGAGAUUAAUUGAUCAGUUAUUAACACUGAGCAUCGCCGUACCACAGUAAAAUAACGAGAUGUAUGUGAUACCCUGAAUAACAACGCAUUCAUACAAGAGUCUAAAUUGAUUUAUUGUCAAUAGAUUUGUGUACAGAAUUGAAUACAAUUUAUAAAUUAAUGCGAUAAACUUCAGAAAAUGUUUUCCGUGUAAAAUUAUGCUAACGAAUUUUCCUCUGUCUCUGUAACCAUCAAUAUUUUUUCAAUAUUUCAAUCUUUUAAAUUAUAAGGGGAUCAAAUUAGCAGCCCUUACCUUAUUAUUCGUAGGAAAAAUAAGUGAAACAACUAUCACAUUCUUCAUUAAGUCGAACGUGCUCAAAUAUUAGUAAUUCUUAUAACAUUAGACUCUCUUCGGAUUCUAUUUUUCUAAUGAUUGUGUGUUUUAAACUACUGAUUUAAUAUGACCCCAAAAACAGGAAUAAAAUGGAUUCAAUUCUGGAGAUCGAGGAGGCCAGUUUUUCAGUCCUCCUCCUCCAACGGUUGGAAACGAUUGCAUCUGAGUAAUGCCUAGAGGUUUGACUAAAUUGUACUGUGCCACCAUCGUGAGACAGUUUUCUAUCAAAAUGCGUGAGCAAUUCCAUUUAUUGACUUAAGCGCAAGAUGUGGCCCAAUUAUGUUGUCCAUUCCAAUCCACACAUUGAUGGAAAUUACGUUUUGGAAAAGUUACUGUAUAUGUUAUACUGGUUUUCGACUACCUAAGAUGGUUACUUGAGAACAAUAUGCUUCAUCCAGGAAUAAUAUGUUUUCAAAUGAAGAUGUUGUGGGUCUUUCAUUACAUUUUUCUCAGAAUCUCAAAAUGUAUUUUUCUAGGUGAAAACUAAUUCUCGGAGAAGGAAUUUGUUUCAUUAAAAUGUAAAAGAAAUAUCGAAGAAAUGUCAGUGACUAGGCCUUUUGGCGCUGGCAAUUCAUAAAAUUUCCAACUUUUAUAUAUCUUUACAAAAACUAGAGGUAAAGCUCAAAUUUACUCAUAACCUUGUAGGGUUUGAUUUGUCUAUUUAUAGAAAAGAGAUAUCAUAAUUUAAAAAUAGUCCAUACCUACAUCGUUAUGUAAUUAUCCUCCAAAUUGUUUUGGAAAUUAUACGAAGCGUCACUUUGAAAACUUCUCAAUAGCUACCUUCCAGCAAAUAAUAUUGUAAAUAGCAAUUUUCAAAGAGAAUUUGCAGUCCUCAAAAUUCAACAGUUCUAACUUUCUUUGAAAAUAAAGUUCUAAACUAACAGAAAUAAUCAAAACAUAUCGGCACUAAUAUAAAUUAUUUUUACAGAUAUUUUACUAAAAACGAAUUUCAAAUAUGAAGUAUAUUUUCACUUUUUCUAAAUAUUGGUCAUUUGACUUGGAUUAGUAAAAAAAUCUGUUUGUCAACUUCAUUAAGAGUCUACCUGCAUACUGCUUUAAUUCUUCUAAAUUAAUUAAUAUUGUCCUGUUGUAUUCUAUAAACCAAUAAUAUGUUACCGAAGAAAGAAAUCUAAAGAAGCUGCAUCUGAUAAUUUCGCUAUUCAUUUACUUCGUCGCCUUCUGCCAAUUUUUUUGAUCGUGGACUCAAACAUUUUUGGAAAAGUUCCUGUUUCAAAUCUAAUAGGACCAAUAAUUGCAUUUCCAUAAAUACUAAAUUAAAUUACUAUGAUUACUGUGGACAUAAAAUAUGGUUUUGUUACAAAAAUGAUUUCCAUUUUGUCUAUAUUUACGAGAAAUGAGAGAGAGAGAGAAAAAUGAUAACUGAAACGGAUAUUUAACAAAAUAUUGAGCAUUGUUUCGUUGAAAUAAAAAAUCUGUUCUUGUAUUGAAAUCAUAUUAAAGGGGCUCUUUAGUAAUCUGCAUUUUAUAUUAAUGAGAUUUAUGCUUUUUCACAGUUUCUAAGGACUUUGUUAUCUUUGUAAGAAGCUGGUUGCAGAAAUCCGUGUUUUAGAAUUUUGGGUCCCUUCCUGGUUUUUUACUGUUAUAAUGAUGGGUGUUUCAUAUUUUGAUGUUAUGAGAAAACAACAUACAACAACAUACAUACAAUAACAAAGUGGCAGUUUAUAUACCUAAACCUAAAUUAUUGUAGUAUGGACGCUUCCGGUAAACAGAGUUAGAAUAUAACGCGGCAAAUACAAAAAUUCUAUACAUCCCUUCAGAGGAGUAAUUCCUCCUCCAUCAGGGCCAAACAUAAUAAAUCUCUUCCUUCACAUGAAUAAAAUUCUCAACUCAACUACAAAAAAAACCAGUAUCUUCUUUUUCUUCUCUAAUUUUUUUAUUCAAUUUGCUUCGUUGUUUGUGUUUUACAUUUUAAUUUGAAUUUUGAGGUAUUCAAAUACCUCAAUUCUUUCUCAAAAUUGAAAUGCAUAAUUUUUGAAGCUUUCUAUUAUGCUUUUGAUAUUUGACACUUAAUAUAAGUAUAGAUACUUUUCUUCUUCCACUUCCACUCAAUUUAUUUAAUUUUCUUUUGACUAAGAAAACGAAACAUAGCAGACUGAUAAGUUUCAUAUAGAAUACGCAAUUAAAUUAUGUGACUUCCUACUUUUAACCCGAUAUUUUAAUUUGAAGAGUAGUUGUGUCUGAAUGAGAGAAAAUAUUAUUCAGGAAUCCAUUUUUAUAUGGUAUUAUUUGGAUGGAACUAGUUCGGACUUUUUUCCGUAGUACUUCCGCAAAUCAAAAUGACAACUAGAGCAGCUAUAAGUGCCUGAUAUAAUCGAUUUCUUAACAUUAUUUACUAGAAGAAACAGUUUUCAAAU